AUGUCCUAUUUCGUGAGAACUCUCGCGCGCUGUCUGCGCAACUCCGCGCGUUUCGCCAUCCCAUCAUCACCAUCCUCGUCCUCAUCCUCCUCCUUCUCUACCUCUUCAAUCCGCCUCGCUGCCAUUCCAGACACGCACCAUGCGCCUCCCUCACCACACCCCCAACACCCUCACUCCACCGCUACUCCCUCUCACCCCACAAACCCGACUCUCGAAUCGCAAACCGACGACCUCAUCGCCCGCCUCCCCCUCGUCCAAUCCCUGCGCUCCAACCCAUCAUACAAGGAAUCGCGCCCCCACCGAACCAUGAACCCCUCGCUCCAGCCGACGCACUUCGUCGCCGGCUCCCUCUCCGGCCCGGAAAUGGUUACCGUGCCGCCGUUCAUGUGGAUGGCGACAGAGAAGCACGCCUCCAACAAGACCCUCACCAGCCGCGUCGUGUCGGUCUUCCAUGUCGGCGCACAGCUUUGCGGUCACCCGGGAUUCGUGCACGGCGGGCUCCUGAGCGUGAUGUUCGACGAGGCGUUUGCGCGGUGCGUGUCGGCGUGCUUUCCGAGCGGGCUGGGCAUGACGGCGAAUUUGAAUGUCGAUUUCCGCAAGCCCGCGGUGCCAGAUCGUGUGUAUGUGUUGCGCGCGGAGACGGGGACUGUUGAGGGCAGGAAGGCCUGGGUGAAGGGCACGUUGUGUUCGAUGCCUGGGCAGGGGGAGGAUGGGGAGCCGGUGUUGGUGGCCGAGGCGAAGGCGUUGUUUGUGGAGCCGAAGUUUGCAGAGGUGAGUUAG